UAAUAUAAGAACUAGUUCCAGCUAAACUGGUAACAGUGUGGUAAAUUGCACAAAAUGUUCGGGCUUUUAAGACACCUGUUCAAGUUGCAGUUUCUCUUCGUGGUUGUUGCCGUUUUCGCCGGAAUUUACCACGUUGAGAUCAGGCAAGUCCUGCGUCAAUACUCGGACCUCUAUCUGAACACAGCCGGCCUGGAGGAGGCCAUUCCGGUGAAGUUCCAAGCCGGGCUCUUUACACCGGCUGAACUGUUGCAGUUCGAUGGCGAGGAUGGUCGUCCGAUUUACUUGGCACUGCUGGGAUCGGUCUUCGAUGUCUCCCGGGGUAUAAAGCAUUAUGGAACCGGCUGCAGCUAUAACUUCUUUGUCGGUCGAGAUGCCUCCGUGUCGUUUAUUUCCGGGGAAUUCGAGAAUUACGACCCGGAAACGGCGGACGAUGUGCUGACCCUGAAGCCGGAUGAUCUGAUAGGGCUGGCCAACUGGCGUGACUUCUACGAGAAGGACUACGUCUACAAGGGCAAGCUCAUAGGUCGUUUUUAUGACGAGCAGGGUAAUCCAACGGCCUAUCACCACAAGUACCUAGAGCUGCUGCUGCUUGCGCAGGAAUCCAAGAAGCAGGUCGAGGAGCUGCGCUCCCGCUAUCCCGGCUGCAACAUCGAGUGGAGCGAGUCCACGGGUACACGGGUGUGGUGCACGAAUUCCAGCGGCGAUGGCAAGGAGCGCUCCUGGGCCGGGCAUCCACGAAAGCUCUACAGCCGCGGCAACAAGAGCUUCCAGUGCGCUUGUGUGCCCGAGCAGGAACUGGAUGAGAUCGAUGCGAGCGGCAAGGCAGCCAUUGGGGAUGCUAUGCUCAAACCUUACGACAACUGUGCGCCGCGGGCGCAGGAAUGCUUCUAUAGGGUAUAAGCUUACAGCUCCUAAAUGUGUAAAUACCUGUACUUAACUCGUAAUAAAGUUAGUA